AUGGCACCCACCAGCGACAACGCAUCCCAAAAACAAGUGCAGAGCCGCAGAAUCAAGCAACGUCCCAGGACGACCAAACCAUGGACCCCCACAGUCCUUAAGUUUGGGUCGCCCCUCUUGCCGCUGCCACCUCCUCCUCCCUCAAUCAUCCUCCCAUCCCUACAAUCCCCAAUCAACCCGUCCAAAGCAACGACAAUUGACGUGGAGAAUCACCCUGAGAGGAGAGGGACGAGCUGGACAUGGAUCGUCCGGACACGCCCGGCGUGCCAAAUCAGCAGAGGACUCCCAAUCAUCCUCACAUCCGGCAAUCUCCGGUCGGGCGUCGGACGAAUCCGAGGAGUUGCUGAGUUCCGGCGCCACUGGAUCACGUGGUCAAUAGAUGGCAGUCCCGAUGAUUGCGACGUCCGCGUACCGACCUCAUGGUCUAGCCUCGACGACCGAGACCGUAAUAUCCACACCCGCUUAUACCGGAUUCUAUCCCCGUCCCCACUUCCACACCCUCUCCUCAUCAAUGACUCGGUGCUCCUAGAGAGCCAGGAGACACCAUACGAAUUCGAAUCAGACACAAGCGAUGACGAGGACGGGUCAUAA